GUCUCUCCGCCACUUUUUAGGUGGUGGACUGAAAUCACCCCGAUCUGAUACGAUCGGGAUGAUUGACACCUCCAGCUAGCGGAGGAGUGGCAUUGCACAAGCACUUCACUAGAAAUGCUUGUGCAAUGAUAAAUGCGGACAGCGUAUGCUGUUGGCAUUUAGUGAUGUCGGGCGGACAUGAUUCUCUAUAGCGAAUCAUGUCCGCUUGACAUUUGUUAAACCUACCCCAUAGGAUUUCGCUUAUUAUUACCUAUAUCUAGAGGUGCUUGUCCACAUAGCAUAAAACCUGUAUACAAUUUAUGUUAUUUUAUUCUUGUUCUAUUUUUUAGUUUGAAGCAUUGUAUCCACAAGGAUUUUGUCCAGGAUGGAGCAUGACCAUAAAAGGAGAAACAAGCUCCAGUAAAAAUGACUUUGAAAUCAACUUCCUCACUGACUCAGAAGACCAGAAAGUGUUUCAUUUUAACCCUCGUUUUGCUGAGAAUGCCAUCAUCUGCAAUUCUUUUUUGACCGGUCGAUGGGGUCAGGAAGAACGCUCUGACACUUUUCCAUUGGAAGCCAAGGAACCAUUCCAGAUUGAAAUCUACUCUGACCAGGAACAUUUCCAGGUGUUUGUAGAUGAAUGCAAGAUUAUGCAGUUCAGACACCGUCUCAAGCACUUUUCAUCUAUUACUAAAGUGCAGAUCUUGAAUGAUAUCAACAUUUCUUCAGUUGAAUUCAUGAGACGAGAUCUUUACUGAGUGGUUCAUGACAUCUGUAUAGAAAACCCUUUCACCCUGUGCAUGACUUCUGAAUCCAGUCAUAUGUCCUAGUGGACUAAACUAUAAAAUAUAAAACUAUUGCUCUUUAAA